UUCCGUGCGGGGCUGACGGGCGGGGGCUCGGGCGGGGGCUCCGGAGGGCCGCGGAACAGAGCAGAGCCCCGACUUGCGGCCUCGGCGCGCCGCUGGGACCCAGGGCCGCCGGCCGGCCGCUCCCCCGCACUCCUCCGGGCGCCGAGCUUCCCCCGGCGGCGCCCCGAGUUGGGCCGGGCGCUAAGCCUGCGCGGCGGGGGCUGCUCCCACUCGAGGUCGCGUGGGCCCGGCGAGCGGCGCCCCACGGACCCACGGGGGCCGGAGCGGUGCCACCCCGAGGAGGCGCGUGCCCUCGGCGCCCUCCCGGAGUGCAGGGCCCCCAAGGCCUGGGGGUGGGGGCUCGUCACGCAGCCCCCUUCCGUGCCCCGUUAAAGGGAGUCAGCCGGACUCGGACUCGGAAUUGGUUUCGCAGACUUGGGUCUUACCGCCUGGCAGGGAACGUAGAUGGGAUUAGGACCUGUCAAGUGGCGCCGAAGCUCGGGGUUCCACCCCGCUCCCUUACGCCAGGGGCCUGAGUGUGUCCCGAGUGACAGGAACCUUCUGGAACAGGCCACCUUUCGGGCGCCUUCCUCUUUAACUGUCUGGCCGUGCCUUCCUCGACCCUUCCGCUCUCCCCUCCCCCCCCCCGCCCCCUCUCCCUGGUGCCCGGUGUCGUCUUAUAAACCCCCUUCUCCAUCUCUCCAGAAGCAAUGGGCAUUGAGCGUAGAAGACACCAAGCAGCAGCAGCCCUUGGAGGAAGGCUGAGUGUUUCUCGGCGUCUGCAGUGACAGAGACUUUGGGAAAGUUGGUACUUCUGGCCUCCGCCGCCGUCAUCUGCCUCCUGGCCCAAGCCCCAGCGGGCUGGAUGUUAGUGCCUCCCUAGUCCUUCCUCCGGCAUCUCCCAGACCAGCGCCCGACUGUUUGAAAAACACACAAAAACAAACAGCCCCCAGGUCUUCACAUUGGGGUUCUCAGCUGCUCUUGAAGGACUUGUUACCAACACUGCAGCAGAGCCUACCACCCCCAGCAGAUCUCCUGUCAGCCCCUGACAUUGCUGCCCUCACCCCUUGUAUCCCCUUGUGAACCUCCUAAAUGUCCGUCUUGUUGGCCUGGGUUCAGCUGGUGGUAUGGAGGGGUGCUGCCUAGCACUGAACCAGGAGUGUGUGUGAUCCACUGACCCAAUGGACAUCAAAGGCCAGUUCUGGAAUGACGAUGAUUCAGAGGGAGAUAAUGAAUCAGAGGAAUUUCUCUAUGGCGUUCAGGGGAGCUGUGCUGCUGAUCUGUAUCGACACCCCCAGCUUGAUGCAGACAUUGAAGCCGUGAAGGAGAUCUACAGUGAGAACUCUGUAUCCAUCAGAGAAUAUGGAACUAUUGAUGACGUGGACAUUGAUCUCCACAUCAACAUCAGCUUCCUCGAUGAGGAAGUCUCUACAGCCUGGAAAGUUCUCCGGACAGAACCUAUUGUUUUGAGGCUGCGGUUUUCUCUCUCACAGUACCUCGAUGGGCCAGAACCGUCAAUUGAGGUUUUCCAGCCAUCGAAUAAGGAAGGGUUUGGGCUGGGUCUUCAAUUGAAAAAGAUCCUGGGUAUGUUUACAUCCCAACAAUGGAAACAUCUAAGCAACGAUUUCUUGAAGACCCAGCAAGAGAAGAGGCACAGUUGGUUCAAGGCAAGUGGUACUAUCAAGAAGUUCCGGGCUGGUCUCAGCAUCUUCUCACCUAUCCCCAAGUCUCCCAGUUUCCCUAUCAUACAGGACUCCGUGCUGAAAGGCAAACUGGGUGUACCAGAGCUUCGGGUUGGGCGCCUUAUGAACCGUUCCAUCUCUUGCACCAUGAAGAACCCCAAAGUAGAGGUGUUUGGCUAUCCUCCCAGCCCCCAGGCAGGUCUCCUGUGCCCCCAGCACGUGGGCCUCCCUCCCCCAGCAAGGACCUCUCCUUUGGUCAGUGGUCACUGCAAGAAUAUCCCCACUCUGGAAUAUGGAUUCCUUGUCCAGAUCAUGAAAUAUGCAGAGCAGAGGAUUCCAACCUUGAAUGAGUACUGUGUGGUGUGUGAUGAGCAGCAUGUCUUCCAGAAUGGUUCUAUGCUCAAGCCAGCUGUCUGUACUCGUGAGCUGUGCGUCUUCUCCUUCUACACCCUGGGAGUCAUGUCUGGAGCUGCAGAAGAGGUGGCCACUGGAGCUGAGGUGGUGGAUCUGCUGGUUGCCAUGUGUCGCGCAGCUUUGGAGUCCCCUCGAAAGAGCAUCAUCUUUGAGCCUUACCCCUCUGUGGUGGACCCCACUGAUCCCAAGACUCUGGCCUUUAAUCCUAAGAAGAAGAAUUAUGAGAGACUUCAGAAGGCUCUGGAUAGUGUGAUGUCCAUACGGGAGAUGACCCAGGGCUCAUACCUGGAGAUUAAGAAGCAAAUGGACAAGCUCGAUCCCCUGGCCCAUCCUCUCCUGCAGUGGAUCAUCUCUAGCAACAGGUCACAUAUUGUCAAACUACCUCUCAGCAGGCAGCUGAAGUUCAUGCACACCUCACACCAGUUCCUCCUGCUGAGCAGCCCUCCUGCCAAGGAGGCUCGGUUCCGGACCGCCAAGAAGCUCUACGGCAGCACCUUUGCCUUCCAUGGGUCCCACAUUGAGAACUGGCACUCGAUCCUGCGCAAUGGGCUGGUCAAUGCAUCCUACACCAAGCUGCAGCUGCAUGGAGCAGCCUAUGGCAAAGGCAUCUACCUGAGCCCCAUCUCCAGUAUUUCCUUUGGAUACUCAGGAAUGGGAAAAGGACAGCACAGGAUGCCCUCCAAGGAUGAGCUGGUCCAGAGAUACAACAGGAUGAAUACCAUCCCUCAGACUCGAUCCAUUCAGUCAAGAUUCCUGCAGAGUCGGAAUCUAAACUGUAUAGCACUUUGUGAAGUGAUUACAUCUAAGGACCUCCAGAAGCAUGGGAAUAUCUGGGUGUGCCCUGUGUCCGACCAUGUCUGCACACGGUUCUUCUUUGUAUAUGAGGAUGGUCAGGUGGGCGAUGCCAACAUUAAUACUCAGGACCCCAAGAUACAGAAGGAAAUCAUGCGUGUGAUCGGAACUCAGGUUUACACAAACUGAGGGGGCCCCAGCCCUCGUACCACCCCCAUUCCCCUAGGAUCCAUCUGCCCUCAUGAAAGGGCUCAGGAGCAGCAGGCAAGGCUGCCCUGAGGAGAGGGGCCUUUACCAAGGGGCAGGAAAAAAGAGAGAAGCGGCGGCCUUCAUGGUGGAGACUCACCGGGAACCACUCCACCUUUGGAUGGCUGAGACUGGCUCCCUACCCCGAAUUUUCCCAGUUGACUUCACCCUGUUUGUAAAUAAAACAAUAAAAUGGAAGGUGCUGUGGACUGCAUAUGA